UUUUUUUUUUUUUCCAGUUGAGGCACUUGGAGGGAAUCAAAAUGUGCAACAUCAGAUCUUCAUCAGCAAAGAGUUCAUACGCCUCGACGACGUCGAGUGGGGCCCUGACGAGCGAAGGAGGAAUCUCGUCUGCUGAUUUCUCUCCUAAGAGCCUGGAGAAGCAUUGCCGUCCGAUCAACGUCGUCGUGAUGGAGACGGAGGUUAAGGGUAGUCUCAUUGAACGCCUCGUCCAUGUGGAGAACCGUUUGUUACAGAUGGAGGAAGAAAUAGUGGCAGAGAAAAAGAGAGUCGAAGUGGAGGAGAGUAGAAGUCCCAACCACAAGAAGAAGAGGAAAGGAUUGAAGCAGCUUGUUAAGUCAUGUGUGGGAGGACAACCCAAAAUGAAAGACAGCAAAACCGAUGACUGAAUAAGCUCUGAUACACCAUUUCUUAGCUUGGGUUUUAGCUUUUUGUUUCUUUUGU